AUGAAGAACCUAAUCGGCUACUACGCGCUCGCGACCACCUUGGCUGCGGGUGUCGUUGCGCACUCGCACAGCCGCUUCCACCGCCAUCUCAACGAGGAUACGGCGGCCAGGAAUGAACGGCGCCAGCAAUUGGUGAUCAAGUGUGUCUCUGCGCCGGACGUGUACACGACUCCCAAGGGAAAACCUAUCCCUGCCGAAGUGGCCCGGCAUGGACUUCAAGACGGCAGCUUGAAAAAAAAAGGCGAGUCUGCGAAUUGCGAGUCUCUCAACGGAGCCCAGUUCAAGGAGGAUGAUAAAGAUACGCCGCCUCCACCCCCAUCCAAGCCACCCCACGCGGAGACGCCGGCCGAACCACCUAGGAAGACACUCUCCGAUUCAAAUCCAAAGGCCCCAAUCCACUCCGGUUCCGAAGGUGCCUCUGGCUUGGAUGAACGGUUUGUAAGCAACACAAUCAAGUGCGCCGAGUUUCCCUCGCAGUUCGGCGCAGUUGCGUUGGAUUGGCUGGGCUUAGGUGGAUGGUCUGGCCUCCAGCAUGUCCCCGGUUACACCAGCGAAACCACGAGCAUCGAGUAUAUCAGAACUGGAACUAGUAGGGACGGGGAUUCCUGCAGCCCGUACACCAUGUGCUCUUAUGCCUGCCCGCCUGGAUAUCAGAAGACUCAGUGGCCCAUGGCCCAGGGAGCGAGGAAUGAGUCCAUCGGUGGCCUCUUCUGCAACUCGGAUGGCUUUCUCGAGCUGACCCGUCCUAGCCAUACGACACUUUGCCAGCGAGGUGUCGGUAAUAUCACAAUUCAGAACGAUCUCGACGAAGUUGUCUCCACCUGCCGCACCGACUAUCCUGGAACAGAGAGCAUGGUCAUUCCUGCCAUCGCACAGCCCGGCCAGGGAGUUGCACUAACGGUGAACGACCAGCAAAAGGACUAUGUCUGGGCAGGGAAACUCACCUCCGCCCAGUAUUAUGUCAACAAGAAAGGCAUGGGCGCCAAAGAUGGGUGUGUGUGGGAUAGCCUCGUUGAUUUACACGGUGCAGGUGACAAAGCUCCGAUGAAUAUUGGUGCGGGCUUGGCGAAAGGGAGAAUUUUUUUCUCCAUCGCCCCGAAUUCUGCUGUCAGCACCGCCAAGUUGGGUUUCAACAUUCAGCUUAUCGUCGACGGUGUCGUUGAUAAAAAAUGCGGUUACAAGGACGGACAGUUCGUUGAUGGCGUCGCGGCGGGCUGCACAGCUCUUGAGGACGUCAUAGGCCAACCGCUUCGUGCACUUUCUUUCUUGGAUAUGCGCUCUUCCUGUCCUUCAGACUCGCAAAGGGACGGUGAGGUUGAAACCAAGCUGAAGUUUGCGAGAAGGCAAGGUGUUCCGACGGAUAUCCCGGCUGCGCAGAAGUACCCCGUCGGGCAGAUGUGGGAGGGGGGGUCGACAGGAGGAUGA